GUUCAGUCUUUGUGCAAACCCGGAACUGCAUGUGCAUUUGCGUUCGCGAAACAGAUACUGUACUUAUUAAUUUAGAAAUAAUAAAGAGAUAUAAUAUUUGUGAGCGAAAUAUAAAUCGCGCGAAUAACGUGUACAUUAAGUAGCAAAUUGAGCUGUUUAAGAUCAAAUAAUGCCCGUGCUAUAUUAUUAUUCUCCGAGUCCACCUUGCCGAGCUGUCUUGCUCGUGGCAGAGGCGAUUGGGCUCGAAAUGGAAUUGAUAUCAUUGAACGUGAUGGCUGGUGAGCAUUUGACACCGGAAUACGAGGAGUUAAAUCCGCAAAAGACCAUUCCUUUCUUAAUUGACGAUGAUCUCAAGCUAUCGGAAAGUCGAGCUAUCCUGGCUUAUUUGGCCGAUCAGUACGGCCCGGAUGAGACGUUAUACCCGCGGAGUCCAGAGGCACGUGCUUUAGUUAAUCAACGAUUAUACUUCGAUCUCGGCAGCCUUUUUGCGAACAUAUUUGAUUAUUACAUGCCCGUGCUCAGAAAACAAGUCGAUACGUACGAUCCAGAACUGUAUGAAAAACUAAAGGAAGCCUUUCAAGUUAUGAACAAUUUUCUUGAAGGACAAGAUUACGUGGCUGGAGAUAAUUUAACGAUCGCUGAUCUAUCUUUGACUGCGUCUGUAACCACAGCAGAGGCCUUUGGAUUCGAUUUGGAAGAAUAUAAAAAUGUUUCCGACUGGUUAGAGAGAAUAAAAACGUCUGCACCUGGAUACGAGAAAGCAAAUGGUGAACCUGUCGAAAUGUUCAAGCAAUUUAUUCAAGCUUCGCAAGGGGAAGGAGGAGAAGAAGAAGGAGAAGCAGAAGGUGAAGGAGAUCAAGGAGAAGAAGAAGAAAAUUAGUAAUAUAUUAUAUUAAACAUUGUUUCAAUUUUCCAAGCUGAAACAUAUUAAAUAAAUAAAAUACUGGUGCAUGUGAAGCUAUCAAUUUUAAUCACACUUGUAAUUAUGUAGAAGAGAUUGUUUAUUAUACAAGGAGUUUUAUCAAAACUCAUACUUGAAACAAU